UGACCUGGUCAAAGAGGGGUUAUGGUCGUCUAGAGUGGGGGCAUUGUUCCCAUAAUUCUGGACCUUUGCAAUCAUGUUACGGAGACUACGGAGCACGGAGUUUUAUUUGCCAAUUCUAUGGAGCCCUUUGCCCCAAUCAUGAGUAUCAAGCUAAAUCUCCCACCAUAAGGCCCUAACGGGGAUGAUCCUAUUGAGGACCCAGACCAAAAGUUCCCAAAGUCAUCCAAUUGUGUGGAACGCAGGUCCUUGACGAGAGAAGCAGGCCUGUGUGAAUUUGCCUUCUAUCCUCUUUCCCCUGAUUCUAUUGCUUUUAGAGUUCACCCGGCCUGGAAAUGCUCUGCUUGUGGUCUCUUUCCCCUUAUCUCGGAUCUGAGCACAAUCAACUUUAAUAAUCACAUCCCGCACUUUCUAUUCUCUGUUAGAAAAUACCCACCUCCCUGUCGUUACAUAUUAUCCCUCCCACCCCUGCCCACCGGCUAAUCUGUGGGUGAGGACCAAACGAGUACGCCACCUUGAACGAAUCAGAUCACCAUCUUCGACGUACUUACUAAUCGGCGUUCCUGGGCCGAAGUCUGAUACCCAGAGCCUUGCUCGCGGACAACCUCCCAACGGUGCGGCUCAACUCGCAUUUUCGAACCCAUCCAGGGGUUGGUUCGAGGGCGUUUCUCUAGGUCUGUCGAUUGUGACGAUAUUCGAAAAUGUCUUCGAUACUGCUAUACAGUCUCAUGCCGAGGGCCCAGUCCUCUAGCGGUGAGCUGCUGCCACGAUUGACCAGUGAUGUUACAUUGGAUAUCGACCCAUUGCCCUUGGCCCAGCGGAGAGGCCUCAUUGCAGUUUCGGUGAUGGCAUUCCUCUCCUUUAUUGCCACCUUGUCUCUGCUUUCUUUCAUUACCUAUCGACUCAUUUUCUGGCGGAAAAAUUACCAGAGAUAUAUUGGUUACAAUCAGUAUAUUGUCUUGAUUUAUAACCUGAUUUUGGCGGAUUUCCAGCAAGCUCUCGCCUUUUUGAUCUGUACGAAAUGGAUCGCUACCGACAAAAUCAAGUCCGGCACGGCCGCAUGCUUCCUACAGGGUCUUUGGCUCCAGAUUGGAGAUCCCGGUAGUGGACUUUUCGUGCUUGCCAUUGCGUUUCACACCUUUUUGCUGGUCGUUUGGGGCCGGAAGAUGUCUCACAGGGUUUUCGUCACCUUCGUCGUCGGCGUGUGGGCAUUCAUCGCCGUCAUUGUGAUCAUUCCUCUGGCAGCAUACGGCGCAGACGUGUUCGUUCCCUCCGGCGCAUGGUGUUGGAUUAACGAAGACUAUGAGACGGUCCGCCUAUGGACUCAUUACAUCUGGAUUUUCGUGGCCGAAUUUGGUACAGUGUCCUUAUACGCAGUCAUGUAUUUCCAGCUCCGACGACAGAUUGCUGCUUCAGCUAUCCUGGGAAACAGCCAACUGGAAAGUCUCAAGCGCCUGCGGCGAGUGGUUGGCUACAUGACCAUCUAUCCCAUCGUCUACAUCGUUCUUUCUCUUCCUCUCGCUGCCGGGCGUAUGGCUACUGCAAACGGCAAUACCCCCUCUAUUACAUUCUUCUGCUGUGCCGGUGCCAUCAUUACCAGCUCCGGUCUCGUCGACGUGGUUCUUUACACUCUCACUCGCCGUAACCUCAUCAUUGAUUCCGAACCCAGUCAAGACCGUUCCUACAACAAGUUCGCCAGCAGCCGCAAUCGUGGCGGAGAUAACCACCUCACUACCAUCACAGCUGCCGACCCCAAGACUCGAACUAAGCUUGGCGGUAUGGGCGGCACCGACCUCGACCGUGACGGCUCUACCGAUAACAUUGUCCAGCCGGGCGUCGAGAUGGGCCCAAUGGGCAAGGUGUACCAAGAAACGACCAUCGAAAUCACCACCGAGCCUGCCUACCCUUCAGAAGCUGCCAGCGAGCGCUCCAGUAAAGAGGACUUCAACGAACCCUCAUCACGGAUGUGGAGACGAUAAAUCUUUUUUUUAUUUUUAUUUUUAUUUUUGGAUCUGCGAUGAUCAAUUAUCUGAUCGAUCUGAUUAUCUGCGAAACGUUGCUCAAUUCCCAUGCCCGUACUCGCCUACUCCAACCGUUGACGCACACAUUCUAAUUCAAACACCCUUUCUUACCUUCUUCAUGACCUCUACUUGAACGAUGGGGCCUGUUUCCGCCCCCCCCCCCCCCCCCCCCCCC